UAUGUUAUCAAUUGUUCUUAUCUCAUUCUCCUCCCUUACAAACAAAGUUUCUGGCUUUAACAGCUACCCAGAGCCAGUUAUCUUGCAACCCAAGCUCCUGUUGGAUCAUUUGAAGCAAUUACACACUGUAUAAAUCGAGAGUUUAAGAACCAUUUGCAAAAAAAUAUGGAAAAAUUGGAAAUUAUUGAAUCUUCCGAGGCCAUGUAUGACGUAAUCGUGUUGGGCGCUGGAAUAGUUGGAUCAAGUGCGGCUUACCAGGCUCAGAGGGCGGGUAACAAAACUCUCCUUAUAGAGCAGUUUGCUUUCGGUCACUCGCUUGGCAGUUCUCACGGCGGCAGCCGAGUGAUCAGACACCAGUACGGGAAUGAGAGGAUGCCAGAGUAUGCAGAGUGGAUGCCGGAAGCUUACGAGGAGUGGGAACACCUGGAGCAAGUCAGUGGGGAGACGCUACUCAAUUUGACUGGUGGGACUUCUCUCUUCGCCAAAGGGCAUUCACCUGAAGCCUGUCUGGAGAACCUGAGAGACAACCAGGUUCCCCACACUCUGCUGACUAAUGAGGAGGCCACUGCCAAGUAUCCUAUGAUAAGGUUCGGAUCUGAGAUCGAGUGGGUUCUGGAAGAAGCUUCAAUGGGGGCUGUGUAUGCUGAUAGAUGUUUGAGAGUUACUGUGGAACAAUUCAUUGCCCGUGGCGGAGUUUUGAAAGAUGGUGAUCAAGUUGUUUCGAUUGCUGAGAACAGUGAAAAUGGAGUAGUAACAGUUAAGACAAAGAAAGAGUCAUUUGAAGGAAGGAAGCUGAUUAUAUGUGCCGGGACUUGGAUAAAUCAGCUUCUUCAACCUCUGGGUGUGAAACUGGAUGUAAAGAUAACAAAGAUCACAAUCUGUUACUGGAAAGAGACAGAUGAUUCUAUGAAAAUGCCAACUACUCAAUUCCACUAUGAUACAAACAUGUAUCUCAUUCCCGAAAUGGAACACAAGGGAUACGUGAAGUUUCUGCUGCACGAAGGGCCAGAAAUAGAAAACCCAGAAGACAGCAAGAGGACAGACCAAGAGAAAAAUGAGUCGGUUAAGCAAGAUAUGGACUGUCUGAAAGAAGCGGUAAAAAGGAAGUUCCCAUUCUUGAACCCAGAACCAGAAUUUAUUGACCAUUGUCGGUAUACGAUGUCACCUGAUGCUCAUUUUGUUCUGGAUAAACUUCCUGGUUACAAAAACAUUGUUGCCGGAGCAGCUUUUUCGGGUCACGGAUUCAAAAUGGCUCCAGUUAGUGGAAAGAUUCUCAAGCAUUUGGCUCUAGACGAAUCUGUGAAAUAUAAUAUUAGCAAAAUGAACAUUCAACGUCUUUUAGUACCAUUAUGAAAGCUUCUUGAAGUAUUAGUUUAAAGCUUACAAUAAUAUCUCAACAGGUUUUAUUUAAAAACUUUAUGCCCUCCAAAAAUGAUAAUAAGAAUAUUUGAAUAUGCAGAUGAUAAUAUGAUUAUGUAGU